UUUAGUAAAGGUAGUUCAGCGUGAGUAAUGUAAAACCUUUUGAUGUUGUUUGCCUGAUAUUAAUAUUAAUUCUAUUCUCCACUACUUUAACUAAAAUCAAUUAAACAGAUUUAGGCAUAACUAUGCAUGUGUGAAAAGGAUAUUUUGAAAUAAAACGUUCGACAAAUACUUUUCAAAUUAUGUAUAUUACGAUUUUCUCGAAUUUGAUGUGUGCGCGAAAAAUAAUGGUAGUGUUAAUUCUCAUACUUCAAACUGUAUGAAGAAACAAAAUCGAAGUUUGGGAAUUAUCCAUCCACGCCCCUAAAUUUUGUUUUCACAUCAAAUUCUCACACAAUCGUAAUCUACACUAUUUGAAACAGAUUUGUGAAAAUUUUAAUUUAAAAAAAUUAUCCAAUUUUAACAAUUGAAUAUUUUCUGAGAAAGCAAAUCGAAACUCUUCUACACCCUUCCGAAAACAUUUCUCACAACAAAUUCCAAUGGAAUCCCAAUCACCAUCCAAAAUAUAUCCCUGGAAAAUCUCUGUGCGUAACAAGUAUUUUCAGAAAGUUAUGAAGAAGCAAAUUCGGUGGGGCACACAUCUGUAGGUAUGCCCAAAUUUAAUCAAUUAAAAAGAUAAAUCAACGAUCUAAUUCUAGACACUCUCUAAACUACGAUCUAUGAUUUUAUAGGAACGUAUUGUGAAGUUUCUGCUUAUGAACAUGUAAUAAUAGAUUGAUUGAUAAACACAUCCAUACCAUCACUUUGAAAAUAAAUUUAAUAUUUAUUUACUUGGAUAUUUACCGAAAAGGUGUCACCCAAACCCCUUUUCUCUAAUCACACAGAUAUUUGACUUUCCGUAUGCUAAACUUGUGAGAGUAAAAGUUAUUAAGUUUGAAAAUAUCGUUAAGAAAAAUAAAUCAAAACUAUGAUCGAUAGAAUAAGCUUGUUGGUUUUAUUUUGUUAUUAAAUGAUUUCAGACCACAAUAUGGCGGAAAAUAGAAUUAAUAUGAAUGUUUCACUUGGAACAUCAAACGGUUUGAAUAAUCAAUGUUCACCAUAUCUUUUAUUUGAGUUAUUGAACUGUGACCAUGCUGGGGCACCACAUCCAAGAGUUUUAGUCAAAUCACCCUCAGUAUGUAAGUUUUUUUUGUACAUCUGGUACUUAUUCUAAUGAUAACUUAUGCUGAACUUUUAAGUUACAGGGACGUAAACAGUCUAACACUGGUUUUCAACUGAGUAAGUGGGGUAUAAACACAAAGACACCCUCCCCUACACUUGUAUGUGUAUCUAUCUAUCUAUCUAUCUAUCUAUAGGCAUUGGUUAGCUUGUCUAUUGUAGGAGACACUUUGCCAAGGUGCCAUGCUGUGGGACUGAACUUGAAACGACAUGGUUGCAAGGCAAGCCUGUUAACCACACAGCCAUGUCUGUUGCUGUAAUUUACUUUACAUCAAAUGUAAUGGUCAACUCUGGAUUUUCAAAUAUAACACAUCAACAUUUCAGUUUAGACGUAUUAUCCUGUACAUAAAAGGAAUAACAAAUGACAUUGGCAUCUAAGAAUUGUAUACAUCAUCAAUAUUUAUUAUUGUUUAAAGACUCGAGGAAAAUGUGAUGCAGGGCAGAUGUAACUGUCCUUAUAUAAAACUAUGGCAAAAGACUGGCAAAUAUAUUUUCUGAACUGAGACAGAAAACAGAAUUGUUUUCUUGACUGUCUGGAAUGUGUCCAAUCCACCUCAGAUAUUGACAAAAAUCACAGUAGUAGAAACGCGCUUCAGGAAAAAAAUAUGGACACAAAAAGAAGACAAACAUCUAAAUUGUGGUGAGAAAAGAAAAAUAAUGGAAAAAGAAUUACGUGUGAAUAAGGCAAAAUUGAAAACACAGUUUAAAAGUAUUGAUUUUCAUAGUGAUAUGACUAAAGAGAAAGGAGAAACAUCAUAUCCCUGUGAUGUCUCUGGUAAAUUAUCCUCUGAAACUGGUCACUUAACAAAACACAAAUGUAUUCAUGUAGGAGAGAGACCAUAUUGCUGUGAUAUCUGUGGCAUAUCAUUCUCGCAAAGAAAUCACUUAACUGAACACAAACAUACUCAUACAGGUGAGAAGCCUUAUCACUGUGAUAUCUGUGGUAAAUCAUUCUCUCAAAGAGGUAGCUUAACAACACACAGACGUAUUCACACAGGAGAGAAACCAUAUUGGUGUGAUAUUUGUGGUAAAUCAUUCUCUGUAAGUAGUGUCUUAACUACUCACAAAUACAUUCAUACAGGAGAGAAACCAUAUCAGUGUGAUAUUUGUGGUAGAUCAUUCUCUCGAAAUGAUUACUUAACUGGACACAGACGUAUUCAUACAGGAGAGAAACCAUUUCAGUGUGAUAUUUGUGGUAAAUCAUUCUUUCAAAAAAACCACUUAAAUGAACACAAACGAAGUCAUACAGGAGAGAAACCACAUUACUGUGAUAUUUGUGGAAAAUCAUUCACUCGAAGAAAUCACUUGACUGAACACAAACAUAUUCACACUGGAAAGAAACCAUAUCACUGUAGGAUUUGUGGAAAAUCUUUCUCUCGAUGUAGUGAUUUAACUAAACACAGACAUAUUCACACAGGAGAAAAACCAUAUCAGUGUGAUAUCUGUGAUAAAUCAUUCUCUGAAAGCGAUACCUUAACUACACACAAACGUAUUCAUACAGGAGAGAAGCCAUAUUGCUGUGAUAUUUGUGGUAAAUCAUUCUCUCGAAAUGAUUAUUUAAUUGGACACAGACGUAUUCACACAGGUGAGAAGCCAUAUCAUUGUGAUAUCUGUGGUAAAUCCUUCUCUCGAAGAAAUCACUUAACUGAACACCAACAUAUUCACACAGGAGAGAAACCAUAUAACUGUGAUAUCUGUGGUAAAUCGUUCUCUCGAAAUUCUCUCUUAACUGAACACAAACGUAUUCAUACAGGAGAGAAACCAUAUCACUGUGAUAUCUGUGAUAAAUCAUUCUCUAACAGCAGUAAUUUAACUAAGCACAAAUAUAUUCACACAGGAGAGAAACCAUAUCACUGUGAUAUCUGUGGCAAAUCAUUCUCUGACAAAGAUGCCUUAACUAUACAUAAACGUAUUCAUACAGGAGAGAAACCAUAUCAAUGUGAUAUCUGUGGUAAAUCAUUCUCUGUAAAAAGCUCCUUAAGUAGACACAAACCUAUUCACAAAAGAGAGAAACCUUAUUGCUGCAAUGUUUGAAGUGUAUAAUUUUCUUGAAUUGAUUAAUUAUAUAAAUGUAUUCAUUAUAAGAAAGAAACUGUGAUAUUUGUGGUAAAACAUUCUCUGUAUAUAGUCUCUUAUCUACACAAACAUAGUCAUACUGGUGAGAAACUAUAUCAGUGUGAUAUCUGUGACAAAUCAUUCUCUCUAAGGAUUCACCUAAUGAAAUGUAAGUAUUCAUAUACAGCAGAAGCUACAUUAAUGUCAGAAUGUACGUUGUUUCUAAUAGUUUCAAUAAAUGAUGAAUUUAUCUUC